AUGAACCUGCGCUGGGGGAUGAUCCACCCGGCCGUAGUGGGAGAAUACAUGGAUAGAGAGAGCAAGCCAAUAGAGCAAUCUUAUCGUGUUUCACCGUCCGAGCUUUUUAUAUUUCUCGGACGUGACGGAGAGGAUUUGAUACAACUCUCGAAGCAACUCAAUAUGCGCAUUGAUGUCGACCGUCAACCUGAUCCACCGGUUAGCACGAAUGACCUAUCUCACCUUAAUGAUUCAGCUACCCGUCCUGGCUUCAUGAUUCGUGCAACCGGGACCAAGUCGAGUCACGAGAAACUGAGAAAGCAUAUCGAAGGUCAACGAGAUAUAAUGACCGUUAGGGUAAUCACGCUCCCUACUGGCCCGUCGCUUUCUCCUUCUCUCUUGCAGAACAUCUCCCGAAUCGCUGGCGCGUUUGUAGAAAACAUAGACUCAAAGUUCGCAUCUCUAGGCGAUGCCGAUAAUUCAGCGGCUUCCGUAUCAAUAACCGCACAUAGCCCUCGUAGUGCAUACACUGCAGAACGAUUGGUCCAACGUGCGGCUUUGGAGGCUGAAUACCGAUCAAAACUGCCGCUUUUUGUCCUGGAAAAUGGGGAGCCCUCAGCGACUUCGCUCGAGACGGAGUACGGUUUGGGUUCUCAAGCUGAUUUGUAUGCGCUGUAUCCAUUUAGUAACCAUGGAUUUCGUGUACGACUUGUUCAGCAAGCGGAAUCGGCUACACAGCGUUCCUCAAGUAAUACUUCUGCACUGCCCUUCACUUCCAAAGCUUUCGAUGUCCAAAAGUAUGGCAAGGACGAGGCCUUCAUCCUAACAGGUCAGGAGCGUUCAGAAAGUGAACCACAAGUUGAUUCGACGGCGACCGGCCAAAGCACCAAAGGCAUAAUAUUUAGAAACCUUCAUGGAGAAGUCAUUGACAUCGACAAACUUGUUUUUGGGGAGGGCGGCGAAGGCGACAGAGUAAUUACCACAAUUUUCGGUCACAUUGUCUUCAAAACCGGAAAGGCUACGAUGCUAGAUUCCCCUCUGACUGGUCCUGUCGCCAGUGAAUCCAUCCUCAAAUGGAUAAAUGAGCUGGAUUCAAGGGCUAGGUCUUUUGUCCCUGGCCAGGCUCCCUCUACGCAUGUCCCCGCCGAUGUGACUUCGGUGCACCGAUUACAAUACCGCACGAUUGAAGGCGAACAUAUCAUCAACGUCAAUGUUCAACUACCUGACCACGAAGCUGAGCCCUCUGCUGAACAGGCUGAAAGCGCGGAAUCAUCCGAGACCAAUACUCCAGCACAGACGUUGGAGCUGCCGACUGAGGCCCAACCCACUGAAGGAAAUACCGACAGCAAUCAUCCUAUUCCCUCACAUAUCAAGGGUGACUCUAUCCCUGACCAAGACCGAAGCGAGGACUCUAUUUCAUCAGACUCACUUACCAAGCGCACGACUGGUGUAAUGGAAGAAGAUUCAUCCAAGGGGAACCCUGAUACAUCGGAAGCCACAUCACUCCCCGUUGAAAUUACGGUUGGUACGGAAAGUGCCUUCGAACUCAUGUUACCUGAAAGUACAAUGGACCUAUAUGUGCAGGUUGUUAACACCACACGCAUAGCGAAGCCCAUGAUUCCAGAAACUUUAGAUGUAUAUCUGGAAAGACUUUCCAAAUUCUUCACUACCGAUAUCGAAAUCCCCCAGCCCGAUCCCCCGCAAUACCUUGAUUUUGAUGGGAAACAUUACGUCCUUGUCAAAAACACCAGUGCGCGUUCUGGAAGAUCAACUUCUGUAGAUCUACCAGAUAAGUUUACGGUCAACGUUGAAUCAUCGUUGGAUUUGGAAAGUAACUUACGGACGACGUUUACGGAGCUUUCACACCGCUGGGAAGCAAGCAAGGAAAGCUGGGAAAGCGUAACAAGGGCCUGGCGGACUCUGGCAUCUAAGCGCUAUGCACGGUCCACAGAACUUAGAGCUAGCCCUACAUGA